UGAGACUGUUCUGAAAAUCAGAAGGAACAUUCAUGUUAUUGCAUCUUGAGUUCUUGAUUAGAUUUUUUUAGACCCCCAAUGCCUUUAGAUCUCCCAAAUUUCCCCUUUUUCAUUUGAUUCUGCUCCAAAGUGCAAAUCUUUAUACUGGGUCUUGAAUCUUUUGUUUCCAUUUUGAAUUCUAGGGUUAAAUUUUUUCCCAAUGCCCUUCUUGAUUCUGCUUUAAAAAUCAAAACUUUAUAAUGGAUGUUGAAUAAUAUUUCCCAUUUUGAAUAAUAUACAUGAUUCUUGAAUAUGGAGAAAUGGGUUUGUUUGUAAUGUUAUAAAGUUGUGAUUUUUAGAAUGAAUUGUUGGCAAUGAGGAGUGAAGAAGAGGAGAAAAAUGGAGAGUGUGGUACAAGUGAGGGUACAACCACCUUUACAAGGGGUAGUGAUACAUAGGACUAGGUUGAAACUGUGGUUUAUUACUAUUUGUUCAAGCAUUUUGCUAUGGACCUGUUUGGUUCAGCUCUGGCAUUUGAGACUGCUUUCGGGUUUCAAUCGUUUAACUAAAGUAUCGGUUCGUGUUGAUGAGACAAUGCAUUCUCCUCCACUUAGAAAUUAUACAAGUAAUGGGUUUCUUCAAGUGUCCUGCAAUGGUGGUUUGAACCAAAUGCGUGCGGCGAUCUGUGACAUGGUGACUGUUGCACGACUUUUAAAUUUAACUCUGGUUGUCCCAGAGCUUGAUAAAUCAUCAUUCUGGGCAGAUCCUAGCGAUUUUGAGGAUAUUUUUGAUGUGAGACACUUCAUUGAUUCGUUAAGAGAUGAAAUCCGCAUAAUAAGGAGACUGCCAAAGAAGGUUACCAGGAGCGAUGGAUACCAUCCAAUUGUAAUGCCUCCUGUUAGCUGGUCAAGUGAAAAGUACUACUUGCAACAGAUUCUGCCUCUCUUCAGCAAGCAUCAGGUUAUAAGCUUCAACAGGACAGAUGCUAGGCUAGCAAAUAAUGGGAUCCCUCUUGAGCUUCAGAGACUUAGAUGUAAGGUCAAUUUUCAGGCUCUGAAAUUCACACAAAAGAUUGAGGCAUUGGGACAAAAGUUAGUCCAUAUACUUCAGCAGAGAGGACCAUUUGUAGCAUUGCAUUUACGGUAUGAGAUGGAUAUGUUGGCUUUCUCUGGUUGCACUCAAGGCUGCACCGAGGAGGAAGCAGAGGAGCUCAAACAGUUAAGGUGA